AUGCGCUCAGAGACGAACCCCCGCGGCACAAUGAUGGACCAGAUUGGUAGAAAGGUUGGUCCUGGAGACGAAGACUUUGAAGAUGGAAACUUUGGGCCCAAUUCUGACGAGGAGCAGCGAGCAGAACUGCAGCUUUAUGGCACCGAGGAACAAAUGGCGACGCUUCAAGAUCUCAGCGAACUGCUCUAUACGCGUGGCCGUCUUCAGGAGUUAGGAUGUACGUUCUCCGAACCUGGGGAGCUUAUUACCUAUGGUGGUCCGCCAUCUCUCAAGGAGUCUGAGCAGUUGCUCCGACUUGGACCGAUCUACGACGAGCAAUGGGCUUCAUUCUUCCGUCGUCCAGACUUUCCAUUCCCCGACGAUGACCCCAGUAUGUGGUCUGAUAUGCGGACACUCAAGCGUGUGCUUGGAAAUGAGGGCGUCAAAUUCGACUCUCAGCAUCGGAGGCUUUCAUGGAGCGUUGGUGGAGACAAAAUCAUCUUUUUAUGUGCAGCAUAUGAUGAUCUGCAGAAGCUAUGGACGGCCUCGCUCCCGUCGAUUUGUAUACUACCACCGGUAGAUGAGCGCGAAGAGGAAGAGCUGAAUGAGAGCGUUGACGACAGUGGGAUUUUCAUGGAUGAGGAGCCACAUCAUGAGCUACCCGACCAGACAAACGAGCGGUAUGCCCUCGAUCGUCUGAGUGAUGUGCCACGGAACAUCGGCUGGCGGUUUAGCGACGACAUCGACCGCACCACGGCUGCUAGCCAUGUUGAUUCCAUGACCGCUCGCAAUCUAGCGGAGCUGAAAGAAGACGUAGACGCAGCUGUCGCACUAUCAUUUCCGCUCACAAAGAGUGAGCCUAGUCGAUGCGCUACUCCAGAUCAGGUCGAUGAGUCGAAGUCACCUGCCGCAUCAACAAAGUUUGGUAAGUUCUUAAAUGCAGCCAGGCCACGGCAUGGUCCCCCGCGACUGCAGGUGAGCGGUGAUUAUACACACAGCAAUGCGGACGACACGCUGACCAACGCUCAGAAUGUCACCACUCAUAGCGUUACACAACGUGAAGAGUUGAUUGCAAACCCGCGGGCCAACGGUAUGGACAAUCUGGCGCUCGACGACAAAAUGAUCGAGUUAACAAACUCUGCGCCCAAUAUGGAUGGAGUUCCUCAAGCCCACAACGCCAAGAAAAAAGGCCUGAAGGGUUGGUGGAAGGGUGUUGUGGGCCGCAGGAUGAACGUGGUGCCAGACAAACAGGUAUAG